AUGGUCCCAUGCGUAGAGAGGCCAAAGCUCCCUCGAUAUGAUGUCACUAUGGUUAGAGCUCGUCAGAUUUUAUGAGAUCCAGACCUCCAACGAGGCGAUGCUCGCGGAGUGAUACUCCCUGUUGCGUGAAGAUGUCGGAGCUCCCUCCAUUUGACUCCGCAGUGGCCAAAGAUAUUAUUUUUUAACGUUGCAACAAGUGUCCCAUAGAUCGGACGUCCGAUGCAUAGUAACGUCCAAAAAAAUAGAUGUCUCGAGCCGCCGCCGCUAUAUGCAACUCGAGCGUGCUCCCUUGCGCUUCUCGCAUCGAAAAUUCGAAAGAAUGGGGAUUAAAUCAACUCAUCAACGUAAUGCGGAUUCCCUCUCCUCCAAUCCCGCCCGGCGGUCGUGUCCAUUCCCAAUCUACGAAACCCCAACCCUACCCUACCCUAAAAUCGCCCACCCACCCAAAAACCUUAGAUCAGAGUAGCGCAAUGGGCUCAAGUCCCCAUUACCGGCUGCAGUACGAUUGGUGGGUGGGAGAGGAAGAGGAGGAGGAGGAGGUGGUGGUGGAUGAGGAGGAGGAGGAGGAGAUGGACGACGCCGAACGGAAGGAGAUUGAGGCAAUCUUAAACGACCAUUGGGCCACCAUGCAAAGAACUGCUAGAGAGAGGAUGACCAUGUGGGCGAAAAGAUGUGAAUAUGCCAAGAAGCGUGGUUCCCCGAAUCCACCGCCGCUGGAGAUGUUCGACUACCCAGAUCUUUUCGAGAGAGCAUGGGGUUGGGAUAUGAUACUGCCGCACGAUUCGGUAAAUCCUUGGUCCCGAUACAAGGAAUACCUCCGGGAAUAUUACAUCCACAACCAAAAGGAAGCCAAUGCUGCUGGUGACCUCAAUUUCAAUGCAGAUGAUAAUGGCAAUGGCCUGGCAGCUCUGGCCCACUCGUGUAUCAAGAUGGAGGAGCAUCUUUUGUUUCUGUGGGACCAAUGUGCUGGAGAAUUCCCUACUGAUGGUGACAGGAUCAGGCGGAUGAGUGACAAGAUCACCAAGCAUGCACGUGAAAUGAUUAAUGUGCUGGAAUUCGAAUUUCCUGCUGCUGCUGUCGCAUUAAAGUGUAUCGCCAAGGAGGCUGAGCUGAUGUGCGACUGGCUGAUUUUUGGGACUUGUACGUCCAUCGUCUUCAUCCGUAUGAGCAAUGAAAUCCGACGGUUUGCCUUAAGCUUUAUGAUCUACAAAGGGCCUGAAUAUGUUGUUGCUGCUGCCGCUAUGAUGGGCAUCACGAAAGAGGCCAAGGUGAUGUGCCAGUUUCUGAGGAAAGAACUGAAGGACAAGAAUGGUGAUAAUCUCAGGAGCUUCUUUAUCCGGAAUUGUACCUUGGGAGCUAUGUACGUCAUACAUGAUGAAUGUUCUGCUGCGGAAGAUUCUACAGGGGGCAGCACUGCUGGAGAAUUUAUUUGUGAUGAAUCUGACGACAAGAACUGUUCUGAGAAGAAACUGGUAAAAAAGGACAACCUGGAAGAAAGAAACAACAUCAAUCAAAAUACCAAGGAUGAAUCCAAUUACAAGAAUUGCUCUAUGAAGGAUCUAGUGAAAGAAGACAGCCUUGUGGAAACGAAUGAGACCAAGCAAAAUACCAAGAUUGGUUCAGAGCUGGAAGGAGUAAAAAAAGACAACCCAAGGGAAAGGAGCGAGACGAGGCAAAAGGCCACGCUGCAAGAGUGGUUGAAAAUUUCCGAUGAUGAAGACGACGAAGAGUUUGACGGGGAAAAGAAUUUGGCUGAUGAAGACGAUGAAGGGUUUGAUUGGAAAAAUAAUUUGUCUGAGGAAAACAACGAUGAUAAAAAGAAUUCAUCUAACAAAGACGAUGAUGAGAAAAAGAAUUCGAGCCGCUCGGAGCACAAAAAGCAGCAGAUCCGGAAUACUGGAUGCUUUGGUUGCCUGAAACCAAGAGGAAGGGUCAAUGAAGCAGCAAGUAGUGAUGUCUAAGUCUUUAUCUACUACAGCCAAACAAGCUCUUGGUACCUUUUGUUUAUUUGGUGAAAACUCAAACUAUGUUAUAAUGCUGGCUCUGCUGAACUAUACCUGCUAUAUUUCCUUGUCAUACACGUUCUGGUCGUGCAAAGCAUAGCCUAUGGGCCCUGAAAAUGACUGGAGAGUUGAAUUGUGAAGAGAGGUCGGUUUUUGCUUUGCUUACAGCGUGAUGAAACUUUUUGGUUUGACGGAUAUGGAUUUAUCUGUCAGAUAUAAUAGGACAUAAAGUAUUCAACUGAUCAGUAUGGUGCGUGAUUCUAAUUGCGGCAUGAUUUCUGAAAGAUACGUUGAGUUGUCAAAUUAAGGUGGUUGCCUUGUUCUCUGUGUAUUUACCAGUCGCCAACUUAACAAAACCAAAGAAAUUCAACUUGAGGCGGGAGUGUGGCCGUGCGGGUGUGAUGGUGCAGGGAGGGGAAGUACGUGUAUAUUUCCUUGGACUACAAUAGCAUUGAACUGAAUAGGGCUGAUUGUUUGAUUAGUUCGGUCAGCAAGUACAG